AUGACGCAGAUAGAGCCGCCACCGCCGGCCUUAGCAGAAGCCGAAGGCGAGUUUUCACCCAGAUCAGUUCGAAGGGAUCCAACUCUCGUGCACGGGCCGCCGUCACCACUAGCACCACCAGGCAGACCCUGGAGUACCGGCAGAUUAGCGAGCCGCCGGCACCACCGCAUCCAGAUCGCCGGCCACGCCGGGCCGCCGCCAUCCCCCGCGCCGUCCGCGUCAGAGACGGAGCCGCCGACCGCGCACAGGGAUCGCCGCCGUCUGCACACGCCGGAGCGCCGCCGAGAGCCCAACGCCCGCCACCGCUUGCCGAAGCCAACCGCCGCCCGAGCACUGUCGCCACCGUGGAGCCAUCAGAUCGGGGAGGAAGACGUCGCGCGCCGACCACCCUCGCGGACCCCGCCGCACGCCCGAGCGCGGCGCCACUGCGGCGCCAUCAGAUCGAGAGGAGGAGGAGCCCGCGCCUCGCCGCCCGGCGCAGACCACGCCACCGCCAUCGCCGCAGCGCCACCAAAGGGGAGCCCCGCAGAUCCGCCGGCGGCCUGA